UCGCUCGUUUUUUUUCCUUCUUGCUCAAUAUCAAAAUUCUCUUUUUGGUGAUUGAACUACCAGAUUCUUUGGUAGUUUUCUUCGUUUCUCUUGUGUUAGUGAUUCAAUUAGGGUUCAGAAGUACCGUUUUCCACAGUUCAAAGAGAGGUUUUAUUUGUUUGGAGUUUAGGGUUCUGUUUUUUUUUUUUGUAAUUUCUUUGUGCGAAUUCUUCGAUUAAUGACUAAGGUGUUUCUAUUUGAGGAUUCGCACUACCAUUUCUCUAAGUGAUUGUCGUUAGUUGAAUUGAUUGGGGUUUUAUUUGAUUUAAAAGAGGUGUUUAUGUGAAAGCGAGGUUUUCUUCGUUCCGAUUGACUGUUCGGUGAAAUUGAGGUUGAAUUUGUGUUGGGUUUUGAGGUUUGGUUGCGAGGGAGGCGUUUUAUUACCUAGUUCUCAACUAUUACAAUUCUAAUCUGUUACAGGGGUUGUGUGUUGUUGAGGAUUUGCACCACCAAUUGUUCUUUAGUAAGUGGUUUCUUCAAUUUAUGUUUGUGUUUGAUUUACCAGAUUUUGUAUGAAGGUGUUGAUUGUAUUUCGAUUUAAGGUUUUGUAUUUUGGUUCCUUCUGUGAGUAACUGGUGAUCUUGAACUCAGGGUUCUGGAUUUUGAUUUCUGGGUUUGUGUUGGUUUAACAAUUUUUUGGGUGUAGUACUUCCAAUUCCUCUCUUUCUUUCUUUGAGAAAACAUUAGUUCCAACCAAGUUUUGCUUGUACAUUUAGAUUUUUUCUUUGAGAAGCAAUGUUUUGAGAGUUUUGUAGCAGUACAAAGGAUGCCUUAUAACUCGUGGUGCAGUACCGAAGUUAGUGGGUUGAAGUAGCUUUUGGGUUUUCUUCUGUUUUUCUUUUGUGCAAUACAGAAGUUAGUGGGUUGAACUUGUGGCUAUGAGAGUUACGGUUUUGUCAUCUCUUUCUCUGUGGCGAGGUGUUUAGAGGCAGGGGUUUGUCGACUGGAGAAGUUGUUGAUAUUGAUUCUGGGGUUGGUUUGUUUUUAGUCUGUAUCGUGUGAAGAAGCUAAUUCAAUGGUAUUUUGAAAUUUGGACACUGAAUUGGGGUUUUUGAGUGGUUGUAUAUGAGAUUCUGUGGAUUUUCUUUGUGCAGUGAAGGUUUAAUUGGUAUUUUGUUGUAUGGUAUUUUGAGUUUUCAUUGGAUUUGGAUUUGGUUUUUCUCUGCACUAUAAUGCCCAUAGUGACUAGGUCUAGACAGUGCCCUUCUAGAAACCUUAUUGGUUGCACAACUGGAGUUAAAUACAGCUGCUUGGAGUUUUCCGUAUCAUCUUCACAUGGGGAUACUACUAUGCCAAGAACUAGGUUGUCAUCCGAUGAUGUAUCGUCUUCCUCAGGUGGAUUGUCUAAUGCUUUACGAGGUGCUCCUUCUACAUCACCAUGUCCUUCUUUGCUCGUACCUCUAUCGCAAUUUCCACCUACAGUUUCACACAGUGGUAAAGUUCCGUGCCCUUUCAAAGACUUCGAUGGUUGUGGUGGUGGUGUUAGGGGAGGGGGUUAUGCUAAGAGCGCAAUUUACAAGCAUCUUACGGACAAACACUUUCCUUCUGUGGAGGCUAAAGAUGUUUGCAGGGAGAGGAUACAAACCAAUGUAGCCUGUUUUGGUGCAUGGGAGAGUACCCUGGCUUGUAUGCAAAUAUGGCUUUGUAUAAAAUGUCUUCAGAUUCAUUCAUGGAAAAAAAAAACUUGUAUGGAUAAAUCUCACCCUGCUGACAUUGUUGCUGGUCCACUUAAAGGUAAUAAUGGGGCAUAUUUUCUUAUCCAUGGGACAUCAAAGCCAGCAACCUAUACAGUUGAACCCGAUGUUUGCAACCAUGACAAUCACGCAAUCGAACUCACAGUUGAGAUGUACCAUCUAGCUUUCCUGAAGCGUGUUACUACUAUUGUGAGUAUACCCCCACAAUGUAGGUUACAAUUUUCUCGUGUCUUGAAGGCGGCUUUGGACAAGUCCACUAAGAAGCAGAAAAAGAAAGACCCAAAUCUGGAGGCGUGUAGGAGAAAACUUGGUUGUGGCCAUUUUUCAGCAGCCAUACGCAUUUUAUCUUCCGAUGGUAUUGCACCUGCCAUACUGGACACCUUGGAUGAUCUAUAACAGAAACACCCAUAUGCACCAUCUCCCUCCAUCCCCGUAGAGGAAAUUACAGUUCCGUCUUUAACUGUUGAUGCCAAUGUUGUGCUUACUGCUUUGAAAAGUUUACCUAAAUGAACAUCAUGUGGGGAGACGGUCUUCGAACGCAACAACUAUUAUAUGCGAUGAGUGAGGCUACGACUGCGGUGGCAGAUGAACUUUUGCAAUCUAUCACAGGGGUUAUUAACUUAUGGCUAGCAGGUAUGUGCCCACCAAUUCUUGGUGAAUUUAUCGCAAGUGCACCACUAACCCCCUUACUUAAACCUGGUGGAGGGAUAAGAACCAUAGCUGUAGGCACUAUUUGGCGUCGGUUGUGCUCCAAACUUGAAACUACUGCGGUCUCUAAGGAUAUAUCAUCUUAUCUUGGUACCUACCAGUUCGGAGUUGGUAUACCUUGUGGAGGUGAAGGCAUAUUGCACUCUGCUAACAGGCUUUUGGAGUUGAAAGGCGAUGACAAUACCAUGACAAUGUUGCUUGUCUAAUUCUCUAAUGCUUUCAACCUUGUUGACAGGUCUACUCUUAUUAGAGAAGCUAGAGCUCACUGUCCAUGCAUUUCCCGUUGAAUCGAGUUCUGUUACUCAAAACCUGCUCGACUCUAGUACAAUGAUACAACCCUUUCAUCUGCCCAAGGAGUACAGCAGGGGUGAUCCCCUUGGUCCCAUGUUAUUUCCUUGGAUUUACAUCCCAUUAUUGAGAAGAUUGUUGUUGAAUGCUCGUUAUCCAUGCAAGCAUGGUACUUGGAUGACGGGACUAUAAUAGGAGAUACUUUGGAGGUCGCCAAAGCCCUAAAAAUCAUUCAACAAGAUGGCCCACGGAGAGGUCUACACCAGGAAACUUUCUUUAUGCCAUUGGGAAACCUACUACUGGAAUAAAUCUAUUAGGCGAACCAGUCAGCUUAGAUAUGCAGUACUGCAGAGACAUAGUUCAGGGCAGAGUCGAGAAGACAGUACAGAUUAUGGACAGAGUUAAGUCCUUGCGUGAUCCACAAUGUGAGUUGCUACUCUUGCGAUACUGCAGUGGUGUUUCCAGGAUGUACUUCACAUUACAGACCACCCAUCCCAUUGCUAUUCAGAGUGCGGAAACUUAUUAUGAUCAACACUUAAUGUUGUACCUGCAGAAUAUUAUCGUGGGAGAUGGGGAAGGGUUCGGCUUACUCCAACAACGCUUGGUUAUACUUCCAAUCAAAGACGGUGGCUUAGGCGUUUACACCAUGGACGAUACCGGGCAGUACUGCUUCCUUGCUUCUUGCGCUCAGACUCAGCACCUCCAAAGCACUAUCUUACAACAACCUUCAAUUUUAGACUCCAGCCUCAGGUACCAGCAUGCUUUACAAUCGUUCACUCAGUCUUAAGGGCUUAUUAAUUCUAAUUUUGACAUCAAUCUCGCUUCCCCCCAAUAUAUGAAGAAACUGGCAUCUAUCUACGUUGAUGUCGUCAAGGAAAAUGUACCCAUUAACUUCACAAUGACACAGUGUGACCUGUCCUUGUGGCACAAAAACAGAUUACCACAUGCUAUGGACUUCCUCAAGGCUAUUCCUAUUCAAGUUCUUAAUCAAGCCAUUGGACCUCGGCAACUCCGGUCUGUGCUUAUGUAUCGUUUUGGUAUUCCUUUGUUCAGUGAUGGCAGUGCAUGUUCUUGUUGCAAUCGUGCCAUGGAUGUUUUUGGAGACCACGCUAUCCACUGUGGUCAAUAAGUUGGGCAAAAGUAUAGACAUGACAUGGCGAAAGAUGUCUUCGGAGACAUGUGUUAUAAAGCUGGUGUAGUUGCACGGAAAGAGGUGUCACUAGGCUUCUUUUCAAACACAGGUACUGCCCUUCGACAUGCAGAUCUCCUUGUUCUUAAUUGGGAGGAUGGUAAAGACGUAUGCAUGGAUGUUACGGGUGUUUCACCCUUUACUACCGCCAGCACUGCAUCUUUCACACCAUGCCGGACUAUCUCUAUGGCAGUUACUCGGAAACGUAACAAAUAUAUCGAGACAUGUUCUGCACAUGGAUAUGGGUUUCAAGUCCUAGAUUUUUCCACUUUGGGUGAAUUGGGUGAUGAAGUGAUUUCAUUCUUAAAGAGGUUGCGCAACUGUCUCCUUAGUCGUGAUGCUAAUUAAAAGUUUUCCAACUCUCUUUUUUAUAGACUUGGUAUCGUGAUUCAAAAAGGUGUAGGCGCCCAGCUUGUUGCUAAGCUACCUGCUACCGAAAUGUAUUAUACCUUAUUUAUUUGUAAUUAUUAUUAAUUUUUUAAUAAUAAAAUAAAAUAAUAAUAAUAAAAAAAUGUUUAUUGUUAA